AUGUACAACAUCUCCAAGGCUACCAAGGCUGCGAAGGGUAACGAGCUCGGUAUCUUCGAGGAAGGCGAUUUCUAUGCGUCUGAGGAUCUAAUCGAGCUCUUUGCGACGUUGGCCCCGUACAUUCCGCUUACCACGAGGCCGAAGCUGGAGGGUGUCGACAGUGGUUUUGCUCCGGGCGUGUUCGCCGGUGGCGAAAGUGAUCUUGACUUCCAGAUCUCUUACCCAAUCAUCUAUCCACAAAACAGCAUCCUCUUCCAGACGGACGAGAUCUUCUACGCCUCUGGCCUCGAAGGUGAAGGUGGCUUUCUUAACACCUUUCUCGAUGCCAUCGACGGCUCUUACUGCACAUACAGUGUAUUCGGCGAGACAGGCAACGCCGCCAUCGAUCCGGUCUAUCCCAACCCAAACCCUCUGGGCUACCAAGGAAAACUGCAGUGUGGCGUCUACAAGCCAACCAACGUUAUCUCCAUCUCUUACGGCGAACAGGAAGAUGAUCUUCCCACGAACUAUCUACAGCGUCAAUGCAGUGAGUUCAUGAAACUCGGCAUGCAGGGUGUCUCGGUCGUGAUCGCUUCGGGAGAUUCUGGCGUUGCUGCGAGGAGUACUGUUGACAACAACGCUGAUGUUAUGUGA